GGCUGAUAUAAAGUCAAUUGAGAGUUCUGUUUCUGUAUUUGACAGCCCGAGGUUCGUAUGAAUUUUGUCGUAUCCUGGAGACUGUAGUUGUUGAUUGUUUAAGAUCAUUUAAAGUCACUGUGAGCUGCUGUCUUGAUCAGAACUAGAUAUCUGGCCUAUCGGUAUAUAGCACAGUAUCAUCUAACGAGAAAAUAGACACUUGGAUGGACAAUGCCUCCUCACACUCGGACACAGUUCACGCCUGAUUUUCCCCUGUCGUCUGCUCCUUCUCGUUGCCUGAUGCAAGUUGCGUGAUCCUUGGAAUAGUUGCAUAACGCAAUUUAUAAAGCUUAACCUAAUAAACGUUUCGCCUGAAACAUUUAUCUAUUCGUUCUCAUCUACAAACAACCCGAGUUUUGCGCAUACUCACAAUGAAUGACACUGAUGUUGUCUCAUCGUUUUCCGAUAUGACAUAUAACUCGACUGCCCUUUUGUCCAGUCAGAACAACACAGUCGAGUCAGACAUGGGAUUAGUGAAAGGCAUCAGCCCAGUGCCGGAACUCUUGCAAUUCCAGAACCAAUAUCAAAACAUUCAUGGUUACCUUGCUCCAAUAAUUUGUGUGUUUGGAGUGGUGGCAAAUAUUCUAAACAUAGUAGUAUUGACGAGGAAAAAUAUGCAGACUUCUACGAACGUCAUUCUUACAGGAUUAGCCAUUUCAGACGGUUUAACUAUGGCCGCUUACAUUCCAUAUGCUUUGUUGAUGUACGUGAUUCAUGGAACUAAGAACACUCCUAUAAGAGACACUUAUCAGGUAGCCCAAUUCCAAAUGGGGUAUGCAUUAUUUAGUGUUGUCGUUCACUCUAUAGCAAUAUGGCUGACGGUAACUUUGGCGUUGUUUCGGUACAUUUUUAUUCGCUUUCCACGCCUUGGUGCGCAGUACUGCAAUAUACACAAGGCAAAGAUAGCUGUGGUGGCCAAUGUUAUAGUGGUAACAUUAGUGUGUGUCCCAUACUCUGUAAAUUUUACGAUAGGAAGUGACAACUUUUCCGAUCCCAAUGAACUACUACCCAACGGAACAAUUUACUUCAUAAAAAUGAAAAAUGAUAAUGACUUUGAAAAAUUCUUAUUCAAUGUAAACUUUUGGAUACAAGCGAUCCUUAUCAAACUCUUACCAAGUUUCUUAUUGACCAUAUUCAGUAUUCUAUUGGUAAAUACUAUGAGAAGCGCAGAAAAAAGGAGGAAAAAACUUCUAAACAAUGUUCCCAUGUCAGAUGAGAAUGGAGCCACAAGUACAAGCAGCACGACGACUUCCUCCCGGAAGCAAAAGAAAAGUCGCAGUAAUCGUACAACAAAGAUGUUGUUAGCCGUGGUCAUUUUGUUUUUACUGACUGAAACCCCUCAAGGUGUUCUUAGUGUUAUGGGUGGUCUAGACGAAAGUUUUUUCAUUCAUAUUUACCUUCCUUUAGGAGACCUACUAGACAUCAUCACGCUCAUAAAUAAUGGAAUCAAUUUUGUUUUGUAUUGUACAAUGAGUAAACAAUUCAGAGACACGUUCUUGAAAUUAUUUCUGAAAAACGUUCUUCACCAGGACUAUCGGCGGACCAAAACCAAUUACACCACAGCACAGGGGACUCAAGCAACCAAGGACUCGGAUGUAUAAAUAUGUUUUGUACAUAUACUGCCAUUGCUUCUGUGAUUAUUUAACUGUUCUAGACAUAACGGUGAGUACUGUUCACGCACCUGCUGUAAACAGUGCGUGAAUUGGUAUGUUUAUAGGUAUUGUUGUAGCUUUAUAUGUAUUAGAACUUUAAAUGCUCAACCUCAUAUAUUGUAGUUCGCGUUACAUUUGGUCACUGAUUAAGCAUUGAAACCGUUAUUUUUUUUUUAAGAAAAAAAAAACACUACGGCGUUUACGAAUUCUAGACCAUAUGGCUAACGGUCUUUCAUCUUUUUAGCAUUUUAUCAUGUAUAUUCUAAGUGUAUUAAAAUCAAGAAUUCCAUCCCAAACGAUUGAAUGUUUGGAAAUCAUGUGAACAAAAUAGUUGUUUUAUGGGAUGCAUCUAUUAGGAAUAUUUUUGUUCGAACCAUGACAAGGAGAGGAAACGUCUUUUAGCUCAUCUGAGUCGAAGGCUCACUUGAGCAAUUUCUGUUCAAAAUUUGCCGUCGUCGGUGAAUUUUACAUAAUUAGCUUCUCAGAAACUGAUAGACUAAUAUCAACCAACUUGGCAUAAAGUAUUCUUAGGUAAAGGGAAUUAGUUAGUCCAUAUGAAGAAUCACUUCAUCUCAUAAAGGGACGUUAAAUUUCAAACUUUUUUUCAGUGCUAAUUUCAAUCAAACUUGGCAAAGUGCAUUCUUAAAUAAAGGACGUUCAAUUUUGUUCAAAUAAAGAACUUUUCUCCUUGAAAUAAUUAGGAACAGUGAAAAGGGAGUGGUUUAAUUAAAAACACUUCUCUUGAACCACUUGAUCUGAAGUUACAAAAUAGACAGGAUCAUCAUUAAAGUUUGGAUUGAUAUUUUUCUUCAAAUGGUGAAUCCUGAGCUUUGAAUGUGGCCAAGACGAGGACUGAAACUAUCAUAUAAAUAUGUAGGAAAUACCUCUUCAAAAUAUUCUGUUUGAGAAGAUUCUAACUUGUUUAAUGCAAAUUGUUUCCCUGUGUACUUACACUGUGCAUGUUGUAUGCAAGUUUGAAGCAUACCAGUUUCUUUGUUCUUGAAAAUUGACUGUGGCACUCUAGGAAAUAAUUUUACCAGUCGCGGUAGCUCAGUGGUAGAGCGUUCGCUUCAUAACCGGGAGGUCGUGAGUUCGAGCUCCGUUCGAUCCAUGGCCACGGCAAAUCUAAGACGUAAACAUAAGUAAUGAUUGCUCCUUCACCAAACUCACGCAUUUAGAAGUGAGAAUCACGGGUCAUUUGGGAGACUUUGAAAUUUCAUUAUUACUUUCAAAGCGAUAUGAAAGCAUUUUAUAUUCUUGCUUCAUAGUAAAUAUAUUCAUCUACUAAUUAAUUUGAAGCCGAGUUCAUCCUAUGUUAACAGUUGAGACCAGAAUUCAGGAUUUUAAUCAUUUGCGAACAGAUGAAGUUAAUUUAACUCGGGGGGCCGGUCUCGGUAGCCUAGCGGUUACUUACUCCGUAACCAGGGCUCCAUGUUCGAUUCUUUCCGAGUCACGCGUCAAACCCUGGACUUUUAACAUUGGUAGUGACUGUUCUUUCGCCAUGUGACCGGCAGUAGAAGCAAACGUCAAGAGGUCUUUCGGAUAUGAACUUGAAACGGGAGUCUCGUGUCACGGUAGGACUUAGCAUGACAAAGAAUCCUCAAUGCUAUGGCCAUAUAAAGGUCUAAAUUUGUGAUACUUCGUAGAAACAAACAACAAAAUUUCACUUAGGUGAGCAUUGUGACCCCCAGGCCUCUCUUGUAUGACAUAAUGUAUGAUAAGUACACAUGUAGUAGCUGUUGUUUUAGUAAUAGAGAUUUAAUGUGUCAGAAAUAUAUAUCUUAACUACUUUCACCAUGACGGGUUUUUUGUUUUUUUUUGGAAUCAAAAAAGUUAUUAACUUUGUAGAAAUAUUUUUAUAAAUCAUGUUUUAAAAUCAUUGAAUAUUUCAUAAUGUGUAAUAAAUUAAAUAAUCAUUUGAUGAUGAAAAAUUAUUUGGUGUCCAUGGACGCUCUUUGAUUAAUACACUAAUAGAUGCCGAAAUGUAAAUUAUAAUGUUCAUUGUACAUGUAGACAGUUGUUUCAUGUUGCAGAAAAUAAAGCGUUUAAAAAAAAAUAACAAGAGCGUUUAGAGACCACAAAUUUCAAAUCUCCGUCUUCAACUGUUCCCAUUCUUAUAUCGCUUUUUAUGCCUCUUCCUUACCAAAACACAAAAAAAUUCCAAUUUGUCAAAAGUGUAUGUAUUGAUCAAAUACCUUCGAUCAACAAUUCAACAUGUAUAAUAGAGACAAAAUUAGCAGAUCACGUGACUACAAAUUCAACAUGUAUAAUGGAGACAAAAUAUAGCAAAUCACAUUAUCACAUGACUACAAAAAAUGCCACUAACUAAUACCAAGUGUACUUUGGUCAACAAUUCAAUGGCAGGUCUGUUACAUCAUAAAAAAUACACCUAUCCAAUAUUCAUAUUUUACCG